UGUUUGUCUACAGCCAUGGCGGACAUGCAGAUGAAGAUUCUUCGCAAGAAAAUUCAAAAGAUAAGCGAAAAAAAUAAACAACGCAAACUGCUGCAAUCUCAGAAAGAAGAAGAAAACAGCGAAGACGUGAAGGAUGUUUUGGAUGAAUCUGAAGUGGCCAGUGAUUCUGCUCCAAAUGUCAUCGAAGAGCAGCAGCAAAGUGUCUCGGAUGAAGUGAACGAAACCUCACAGAAACCCAAGAAGAAGAAAAAAAAACGAAAAUUAGAUACUACUGGAGAAUCAACAACAUCCAGUGUAAAAAAGGCUAAAAAGCAGAGUGUAGAGACAACACAGGCAUCUGCAGGUGAGGAAGAGCAGCAGGAAGAAGGAAAUUUAGAGACUGUGAAGUGUCCAGAGAAUGGAAAUAAUGAAAAAGAGGGAUCGGCUGAGGAGGAUAGUGAUGAAGAUGGACCACAACUUCCUUCUGGUCUGACAGGUGCGUUUGAGGACCGGUCAUUUGCAUCCUUGUCAGAAGUGGUCAGUGAGAACACGCUGAAGGGAGUGAAGGAAAUGGGCUUUGACACCAUGACUGAAAUCCAGCACAAGACCAUACGCCCUUUGCUGGAGGGAAGAGACGUGUUGGCAGCAGCUAAAACAGGAAGUGGCAAAACUCUAGCUUUCCUGAUUCCCUCAAUUGAGCUUAUCUAUAAACUGAAAUUCAUGCCUAGAAAUGGCACUGGAGUGAUAGUUCUGUCUCCUACACGUGAGUUGGCUAUGCAGACGUACGGCGUGCUGAAGGAGUUGAUGACCCAUCACGUCCACACAUACGGCCUCAUCAUGGGUGGCAGCAAUCGCUCUGCUGAAGCCCAGAAACUCGCUAAUGGAGUUAAUAUCUUGGUAGCAACACCUGGCAGACUUCUGGAUCACCUGCAGAACACUCCUGGCUUCAUGUUUAAAAACCUUCAGUGUCUGAUCAUCGAUGAGGCUGACAGGAUUCUGGAGGUGGGAUUUGAAGAAGAACUGAAACAGAUCAUCAAACUACUUCCUAAAAAAAGACAGUCUAUGUUGUUUUCUGCAACACAAACACGUAAGGUGGAAGAUCUUGCACGGAUCUCCCUUAAGAAGGAGCCGCUGUAUGUGGGAGUGGACGAUAAUAAAGACACAGCCACUGUUGAAGGACUAGAACAGGGAUAUGUUGUGUGUCCUUCGGAGAAGCGUUUCCUGCUGCUGUUCACGUUUCUGAAGAAGAAUCGCAAGAAGAAGCUGAUGGUGUUUUUCUCAUCCUGCAUGUCGGUGAAGUUCCACUAUGAGCUGCUCAAUUACAUCGAUCUGCCCGUCAUGGCUAUUCAUGGGAAGCAGAAACAGACAAAGAGAACCACAACGUUUUUCCAGUUUUGUAAUGCAGAUUCUGGCAUUCUCCUCUGUACGGAUGUGGCUGCCAGAGGUUUGGAUAUCCCCGAAGUGGACUGGAUUGUUCAAUUUGACCCACCUGAUGAUCCUAAGGAGUACAUCCAUCGUGUUGGGCGAACAGCUCGUGGUAUUAAUGGAAGAGGACAUGCACUGCUGAUCCUGAGGCCAGAGGAGCUUGGCUUUUUACGAUUCCUCAAGCAGGCCAAAGUUCCCCUGAGUGAGUUUGAAUUCUCCUGGACAAAAAUCUCAGAUAUUCAAUCUCAGUUGGAUAAACUGAUCGAGAAAAACUACUACCUUCACAAAUCAGCUCAGGAGGCCUACAAAUCCUAUGUCAGAGCUUAUGAUUCUCAUUCCCUUAAGCAGAUCUAUAAUGUAGAGACGCUGGACCUCCCGAAAGUGGCAAUGUCCUUUGGAUUUAAAGUGCCACCUUUUGUGGACCUCAAUGUUCACAGCAGUAAAGGAGUGAAGCUACAUAAGAGAGGUGGAGGCGGCGGCUUCGGAUACCAGAAAUCUAAAAACGUCCACAAGGCCAAGAUCUUCAAACAUGUCAACAAAGGCAAGGGAGACGGCAGACAGUUUUCACGCUGAGAAUAAUUUCCAGAUAUGCACCUCUUUCAGUUUAUAUGGAGUAACUGUCGGGCUACCUCAGUUGUGUGAGAGGAGCUCUGAUCAGUCCGCAUUCCAUGUCUGUACAGAAAUCUGUUUUCAGAGGCUGUUAUAUUGUUAUAUGAUGCUGAAUUUCUAUUGUUACUGGCCUUAUUAAACAUGCAGAUGUAU